AUGCAAAGCAAGCUUGUCUAUGUCAAUGAUCGAUUCUAUUGCUUUAACGCAGUAAAAGGCUGCUUGUAUUCCUUUCACCCAUCUUCCAGGACAUGGAAUUUUCAUCAUGCGUAUACACUCGAAUGCCCUUAUAAGCUUCCUACAAAGAAGUCUAAGUCGGUGGAGAAAUCAGUUUACUUGGCAGAGAAGAAAGGGGAAUUGUUUCUCAUGUUUACAAGGGGGAAUAGGAAGCCAAUGUUCUAUAAACUCGUCUCUCUGAAAUGGGAAAAGUUGAAUCGUACGUAUCAGCUUGAUGGUUUGACAUUCUUUGUCAGUUUUUAUAACUCUGAGUUGAGAACUGAUCUCCCAUGGAUGAGGAACAAUGUCUAUUUCUCGAGGUAUGGCAACACUCGCAAGUAUUGUUUAUCCUACUCGUUCGACGAAAGGAGAUACAUGCCGCGUAAACUAUGGCAAAAGUGGCUGGAACAUUGUCCACCUUAUAGCCUCUGGAUUGAUCCGCCCAUGAACGUUUUAGACUAUUUGUCAAAGCUAUGA